ACUUCGCUUUCUGUGAUCCUCUCUCUUCCUCUCAGCUUCGGUCUCUCUAGGUUUUUUUUUCCCUUGCUGGGAUUGGAUCAAAUCUCCACCGUCGAUUGAUGAAGGUCUAGAAGGAACACGAUGAGCCCUGGUGGUCUUCUCCUGGUAAGAAGGAACAGUAUUCAUUGGUGUUUUUACUUCCAGAAAUGUUCGACCCAUUUAUGUUGAUCCACGUCCGUACCUCCCCAAUCUGGUUGCGCAAGAGAAAAAAACCCAAUACCCAGAAAACCCCACUUCCAAAUUACUAAGCUUUUCACACUAAAAAGCUCUAAUCUUUUUCAUCUUUUUUGGAUUCAGAAACAAGCUCCAAGAUCACAUUUUUACUUCAUUUCCUAGCUUUGCUUAGCUUUUGUAUCAGAUAGUUGGGUUCAAACUAUGCCCCUCAGUUUAAGUUUGAGUUCAGAUUAGUUUGGAGUUGUACAAAUUUUUGAGUUGGGGGUUUUUGGUUGUUUAGUUGAUUUUUCAAAGUGGCUAAGAUGAGCUUAAGCACAGCCGAGGAUGAUUCGCCUUCGGAGAUUCAUAUCCCGGCAGAUAUAGAUUGGCAUAUGCUUGAUAAGUCCAAGUUUUUCUUUCUGGGUGCUGCUUUGUUUUCUGGUGUUUCAGCUGCUCUGUACCCAAUUGUGGUCUUAAAGACUCGGCAGCAGGUCUCCUUUCCUCAAGUCUCUAGCUUCAAGAUGUCGUAUUCCAUCAUGCGCCACGAAGGGCCCAGAGGAUUUUACAGAGGUUUUGGGACCUCAUUGAUGGGUACAAUUCCGGCACGAGCUCUCUACAUGACAGCUCUUGAGGUUACCAAGAGCAAUGUUGGGACUGUGACUGUGCAAUUGGGGUUUUCGGAUACUACUGCAAUGGCUAUAGCUAAUGCUGCUGCAGGGUUGAGCUCCGCCAUGGCGGCGCAGUUGGUUUGGACCCCGAUUGAUGUUGUGAGCCAGAGACUAAUGGUUCAGGGUUGCAGCUACAGCAACAAUAGCAGUGUCCCCGGUGGGGGCUCGUGUUCAUAUCAGUAUAGGAAUGGUUUCGAUGCGUUUAGGAAAAUUGUAGGCGCAGAUGGGUUCAGAGGAUUGUAUAGGGGAUUUGGGAUUUCGAUAUUAACUUAUGCACCGUCUAAUGCGGUUUGGUGGGCUUCUUACUCUGUGGCACACAGACUCCUAUGGGGUGGUUUUGGUUGCUACAUGUGCAAGAAAGAUGAGAAUGGGUCGCCUAAUCUUAAGCCUGAUUGCAAGUCAAUGUUGGCAGUUCAGGGGUUAAGUGCAGCCAUGGCUAGUGGUGUUUCAGCUUUGAUUACAAUGCCUUUGGAUACCAUCAAGACAAGGCUACAAGUUUUGGAUGGAGAAGAAAAUGGUCAGAGAAGACCAUUAACAGUAACGCAGACUGUAAGAAAUUUGGUUAGGGAAGGAGGGUUUGGUGCUUGUUACAGAGGACUAGGACCAAGGUGGGCUUCAAUGGCUAUGUCUGCUACAACAAUGGUCACUACCUAUGAAUUUCUCAAACGGAUGUCGACUAAGAACCAAGGGAGCUGAGAAGUCAGUUUGGAUACAUACAAUGCAGUGGUUUUUCUUAUCUGAUCAAAUCGUUCUUCCUGGCAAUAUUGGCCUGCUUAGCUAUAGUUAUCCUCUCAAGAUAUGUAAAUUUUGUAGUGUACCACUCCUUAGAGUUUCCCCUUUUGCCUCUAAUUAUAUGUCUCUUGCAUCCUACUCUCUCGUGUAUCUGUUGUCCUAGUAGUUUCUGGUUUUGGGUAAAUUUUCCAAAUAGCUCAUCGUCUGAAGCAUUUGGGUUCUUGUAGUCAGCUCAGCUGGAAAAGUGCUAAAGCUUAGUGAUAGAAAUACUAUGGAUUUCAUACUUUCCGUAGGA